AUGGAUCUUCAUACUAAUGAUAGUGAACAAUUGCUGAAAAAGCAUUGUCCAUCGCCUCCAUAUGAUCAUAUGGGUCCAUCGAGUUUUGAACCUAAUGAAAUAGAUGCUUUACAUGCAUCUAAUCCUCCAACAACGAUGGAUGGUAUUGUACCAGAAGUUAAUAUUGAUGAAGUAAAUCAACAAGUCCCCAGAUAUGAAGAGCAUGUGAAAACAGGUGAAAUAUCCGAUGAACAAAGUGAAUCUGAUGAAGAUCGCGGACCUAAUCAUACACGCUCGACAAUAAAUGUUAGCCCAAACAGUAAUCGAAGCAAUAAAGCAUUGAGCGGUAUAAUUGCCAUACAGAUCGCAAGUUUUCCAGCUGCAUGUAAUAGUUUGUCAAUUCAUUGGCAUUUAUAUAGAAUCAAAAUGGCGAUGGACGAUGAUCUUGGUUUUAUUGUUCCGGAUGAAUUCAUAAAAUUACCACUAUUCAAUAUUUAUACUGAUAAGGGCACACUUGAAGUUCAACUUGAAUACGUUGGACCAAUUGAUUUCAAUCAAUGGAAAAAUUUACUUGGACGGUUUUGUCGACAUAUUUUCGAAGAAGUUUUCGAUGAUAUGAAUAUAGGAUUAGAAUCAAAUCUUAAAUUUGAUAUCGAAAAUUCGACCUUCAAAUUACUACCAUGUCUUUUGACAAAACUUGGCCAUAUUGAUGAUAAACGAAUAACAUCUAUAUUAAAUCGAAAAAAUGAGUUGGUACGCCAUCCAUCUCAAUUGAAUAAUGAAGAGCUUUAUAUGAGUUCGGAAUCUUCGCCUAAACAGUUUUAUAAGUACCAUUCUAUAGGCUCUUCAUCAAAACGAAAACAUGAUGAAUCUAAUACUGAAAAUCUUCGGAAUAGCAAUACAAGUUAUAAUAAUUAUCUAAAGGCUCAAAUGGAACGUGUAAAAAAACAAAAAACCGAUUACUUAAAGGUUAAUGCGUCAAAACAGAACAAAGAAUCGGCCUGUAUACCAGCAAGCUAUCCAGUUGAAGUUUUGCGCUAUGCUCCACUUAAUCAACUAGACUUUCAAUUAAUUUGCAAAUUGCCCCCUAUUCUUACUCGUAUUAAACAGUUGUAUUACAUCGAGCAACUCAAACAACUUCUAAUUAAUAAUAUUCAACCUAAUACAAUUGACCAAAUAUCAAUUAAUGUCACUUUUAAUGAUUGUUUGACUGAUAUUCUUUCAUCAGCUCAGCCAACUUCAUUCCUACUUGGCUCUCUUAAUUAUGAUCUGUUAUCAACCGAUAAUUGCGGAUUUCAAAUAACAUCGGAUCUACUAUUUCAAGCAAUCACUCGUCGUUCAGCUGAUGAAAAUACUGACAUGGAGAGCCUUGAGAUGCUAGGCGAUUGUUUUCUUAAAUUAUCCAUGUCAUUAUCACUUUAUCAUCAAUAUGUGGAUGGAACUGGUAAAUUGACAUCAAAAAGAAGUGAGCAAAUCUCUAACGACAAUCUUUACCGCUUAGCUUUUCAAAAGAACUUACAAAAGUAUUUAAAUAUUAAUAAACCAAUUUAUGAGGGUCAAAAAGCUAACUGGAUACCACCUGGAUAUAGAAUAACCAAUGGUGAUAUAUCUAAAAGAUAUACUACACAAGAAGCUACAAAAAAAGCACUUCCUGAUAUGACAGAAGCAUUAAUUGGUGCUUCUCUAGUAAAAAAUGGUAAUAUUCCAACCAUAAAACUUAUUGAUUGGUUAGGUGCAGAUGUAAUUCCAAAAAAGAUACAAGAUGGUGUAAUGGAAAUAUCUUCCAUUCUUCAAAGAAAUUUCACAAAUGAUUUAAUUAGACAAUUUUACGAUGAGAAGUUAUUUAAUGAAAUUGAAAAAGAAAUUAGAUAUGAUUUUACGAACAAAGCAUAUCUCAUUACAGCGUUUACUCAUUCAUCAUAUGCUAAGAAAGCUGUAACAAAAGACUAUAACAGGUUAAAAUUCGUAGGCAAUGCAUUACUAGAAUAUUUAAUCGUACGAUAUAUUUUUCUUACUAAAAAAUUUACUACACCAGGUGACAUAACAAGCCUUCGACAAAAUAUAUUAAAUAAAAGUCAUCUGGCUGACAUUUUAGUAGAUCACCAGUUACAUACAAAAAUUCUUUGUAAUCUUUCAGAAUCCAAAAAAUUAUUCUUAUAUGCUGAUGAAAAGAAUUCCACGGCAAAAGAAAAUGAUUCUGUUGUAUCGUCUAAUUCUCUUAAUUUACCACAAAUAUUACCAGAUGUAUUUGAAGCAUUAGUCGGUGCUAUAUUCCUCGAUACGGGUCAUUCUUUAAAAAUAGUUUGGGAUGUUAUUUUUCCCUUAAUUCAGCCAUUUAUCGAUCAUAUAAUUGAGCAUUCGGGUAUACUUCUAAAACAAUCUGGAAAAGUCAUCAAAUGCAAAUCUGAUGAAAGUUCUGACAAAUUACAGAAUGACAGUAACAAAGAAGUUACAAAGGGAGUAAAGAAAAAAGCAAAUAUAACAACAUAAUUCUCGUAAUACCAAACCAAGUAUGCGACACAAUGAUGUUAUAAUAAUGUAUAUAUCAUGUACUUAUCGUCAAUACGUAUUGACGCUAAUUAUUCGAUAUAUAUAUAAUAUUAUAACAUCAAGCAAAUUCUUAGUGUGUGGUUUUACAUAAUGGAACAUUCUAUGAGUAUUCAAUAAUGUCAAAUUUGAAGCAAUUUUUACUGUAUAGCAUUAUGUGCAGUUCACGAAAGAAAUGGAAUCAACUUUACUAAGGAAACAUCAAUAUAGAGCACAUCUUCAUCAUGAGAAUAAGAUGUCUUCGAACUCUACAUGAUCGUCAAAUAUUAGUAUAAUAUAUUUUUAUCAAAAUUUAAUUCAACAUUAGUGUUG